GGCGUCACCCGUCGGACUAUAUAGUACUCCGACUCCCGCAUGCCUCGGCACGUUUCCCUCACUGCGUAAUCUCGGGGAGUCGGGUAUGCCAUCAUCGAAGGUAUAUGAGGAGUUGCUGGUGGCUCCUCUCCAACAUGGUUCAUUUACAUCCACUUGACUGAUCCUGCUUUAUUUUUUUUGUGGAUUUGUUCUUUAUCUUUUCCUGAAAUAAUAAUAGUGAUAUCAUGGACUCACAGUCGCUUUUUGAUGUCAAGGGCAAAGUGGUGCUGGUCACCGGCGGAGCCAAAGGCAUCGGUCGCAUGAUCUCCGAAGGAUUUGUAUCGAACGGCGCCACUGUUUAUAUUUCGUCUCGAGAUGCAAAGGCGUGCGACCAAGCGGUAAAAGAACUUAAUGCGCUUGGCAAGGGCAAAGCGCAUGCCAUCCCAGCCAAUUUCUACAAGGAAGAAGAAUGCCAGAAGUUGGCGGAGGAGCUUGCAAAGAGAGAAGGCAAACUUCACGUCCUUGUCAAUAACUCCGGCUCGAACUGGGGCGCCCCCUACGAUCAAUACCCAUCCUCUGCCUGGACCCGAGUCCUCACACUCAACCUCCAUCGGGUCUUUGACCUCACCAGACUUGUCACGCCACUCUUGGAGAAGGCAGCUACACCAAACGAUCCCUCCCGUAUUAUCAACAUCGGAAGCGUUGAUGGACUGAGAGUCCCGGCCCUGGAGACAUUUGCUUACAGCGCUAGCAAGGCUGGCUUGCACCACCUUAGUCGAGUGCUUGCAAACCACCUUGGAAGAAGAAAUAUAACCUCGAAUUCGCUGGCUUGUGGCCCGUUCGAAAGUAAGAUGAUGGCUGCCACUCUCGAGGCUCACAGAAAGAGUAUCGAGGCGGGUAUUCCAUUGGGUCGUAUUGGUACUCCCGAGGAUGUCGCAGGUUCUUGCUUGUUCCUGAGCAGCCGAGCUGGCUCGUAUGUGAAUGGAGCGACAAUCACAUUAGAUGGUGGAAGUGUCGUUGGUUCCAAGCUGUAAGCGAUAGGCAAUACGAUUGAUUCCACUGAAAAUGGCCAAAUAGGGUAUAGUUUUGCUGCUAUUUAAGUUGUUAUCACAUCUGCAAGGAUGUGCUGCAGCAUGCUUUCUGUGACUAUAAUUAUACGAACAAUCUGGAGCUUGGCUUUUGCUUUUUUGUCCAUCUUAUCGUCGAUACAUACUAACCUAAGCUUUCCAUUGUCUCUUCAUUUGCCAUGGUGUAUGACUACACGGACUGCGACUGGGAGAUUAUGUUUGUCAAUCUUAAAGCAAAUCCAGUAUGUGAAUGCACUUUGGGUCAUGGUAUGACGUGCUGUGAGCGACAAUAAGCGGCUGUCUUUUGAAAGUUUAAAGCCUAGCACUGCUCACGGACAUCUUACACAGGUGAUCUCGUAUCUGCAUGAAAAUCUCAGGAGUUUACUGUUUCAUC